UCCAUGUUGCUGCUAGUGGUGGAGAUAAGGUUGUAAUCCUGAGAGGCCUUCGGAGACGUUUCUUAAUUUUUUAUAUGCUCCAACUCGGCGCUGACUGUUCCGCGUUGUAGACUGAAGCUCUUUUGGUCUAGGAGCGACACAGGAGCGGCGGACUCUGCGGAAAAACUUUACGUUUCCCUGAAAUUUAAGGCGAAUUCGGGCCGGGGGGAGGACUGGUAAUCCUGAGGGGGGAAGAAAGACGGUGGUGGGAAAUGGCCACUCAGGUGGAGGCUCUCCUACCCGGCAACCCGCUUGCUCAAGCGAAGGAGCACGGUAAAGUGAUCCGCGGUGAGCCGAAGGAGGAGGCGAGCGGCCGGGGUGACGGGGCCAAGCGGCAGACGGGUGUCGCCGACCAGGGGAGCAGCAGCAGCGGCGGCGUCGGCAGCAGCAGUAGCAACCCCGGACAAGGAGGGACCAACGGCACGGAGGAACAGAUCUCCAAACGGGCGACAGACGAGAGCAAAAGCGAUUGUGACAGUGAAGACAAGCAAAAUGAGGAGGGAGGUAAAGGCGUCGGCAGCAGAAAGGAGUUUACUGAAGCUCCCCCGCCCAAGGUGAACCCGUGGACGAGGAAAAUGAAUGCUGUGACCGUGGUCAGCGUGAAUGGACAAGCACACCACGAGUCUACUGGACCUGCCAAGGUGGUGAGAGCAGGCAAUCCACCCAAAGCCAGACGUGGCGGCAAGGUUGGAGAUUUUGGUGACACGAACAGCUGGCCAACUCCAGGGGAGAUUGCAACUAAGGACAUGCAGAUCGAGGCAGUGACACGGACCGUGUCCUGCCCGCCGACUGUCAGGCAGGUCAGAGACUCAUGGAAAUUCACUGGCCCCAAAAAGACGGCGGCCAGAAAGGAGUCAAAGGAGAAAAGAGAGAGCAACGAAGAGAGCAAAGAGAACCAGAAGGCAAAGUCCGACGACUCGGGAGAGGAGAAGAACGGCGAUGACGACUCCCAGAAGAACGGACCGAAGAAAAAAGGAAACAAGCAGAAGUGGGUUCCUCUGAUGAUUGAGGUGAAGUCUGAGGGCCCUCGGGAGCGCUCAGCCUCCAGGAACAACAGCAGACAGAAUGAAAACCCUCGCCUGCCUCCCAACACGAGGAACGACCUCAGAGACUGGCAUAGCCAAAAGUAUGAGCGUGAGUGGCGUGACGACCACGAUGAAGUGUCCAGCGUGAAGAGUGAGGGGGCACCAUUCCGUGGAGGGUUCAGAGGUCGAGGACGUGGAAGAGGAAGAGGCCGGGGACGAGGCAGAGGUGCUGGGAGAGGCCACUACGACUAUCACUACAGCUACAAGACCUACGAUGUCAAAGACGGACCCUAUGGACCCAAGUUCAGCAACUCAGUGACCUACUACUAUGACAACAUGAGCAGCAAUGACCUUUACUCUCUUGAUCAGGACCUGCUGAAGGACUACAUCAAGAGGCAGAUUGAAUACUACUUCAGCCUAGAUAACCUGGAGAGAGACUUUUUCCUGCGGAGGAAGAUGGAUCAGGAGGGUUUCCUGCCCAUUGGUCUCAUCGCCAGUUUCCACAGAGUGCAGGCCCUCACUACUGACAUCAACCUCAUUCUGGAUGCGUUGAAGGACAGUAAGGAAGUGGAACUUGUCGACAUGAAGAUCCGUCGGAAGGUGGACCCAGAGAAGUGGCCGCUCCCAGGCCUGACUGUGCCAAACCACACACACACUGACUUCUCACAGCUCAUUAACUGUCCCGAGUUUGUCCCAAGACAUGUGGCUGAGGAGCCCAGAGGGUCUCCCAGGGCCUCCACACCAGUACAACAACAGACCAAGGCUGAACCAGACAUCUCGAACCUCAAGACCAUGCCCAAGGGCCUCUCCGCUAGCCUCCCCGACCUGGACUCAGAGUCCUGGAUUGAGGUUAAGAAGAGGCCCAGACCUUCCCCAGCCAGACCCAAGGUCAGCUCUGAAAAGGCCUCCUCAUUGCAGCAUCAGCAGCAGAAGGAAAAGGAUGAUGCGGUUCGCUCCCCGGUGCCCCAGCCUGGCUCCUCGCCCUCCGCUGCUACCUCAGGAAAUAAGGACGGUGGAGAGCAAGAUGAGCCCGAGGAGCUCGACUUCAUGUUUGACGAGGAGAUGGAGCAGAUAGACGGACGCCGCAACACCUUCACAGACUGGUCCGACGAGGAAACGGACGGCGAGAUCGACGACCGUGACGUCAACAAGAUCCUGAUCGUGACGCAGACGCCGCCCUACCUGAGGAAGCACCCGGGGGGUGACCGCACGGGCCACCACACAUCGCGGGCCAAGCUGACCAGCGAGCUGGCCAAGGUGAUCAACGACGGGCUCUUCUACUACGAGCAGGACCUGUGGGACGAUACGUAUGAGCCCGAAUACGCCACCAUCAAGCAAGAAGUGGAGAACUUCAAGAAGGUCCACCUGAUCAGCCGAGAACAGUUUGACUGCUUGACCCCUGAGCCACCUGUUGACCCCAACCAGGAGGUCCCCCCAGGCCCCCCACGACCCCAGCAGAUCCCCACAGACGCUUUGGCAAACAAGCUCUUCGGUGCCCCUGAGCCCUCCUCAACGGCUCGCUCGCUGCCAACUACCGUGCCUGACUCACCCAACUACCGCAGUGCCCGGACACCCCGCACGCCUCGCACACCUCACCGGAAGGACCCGGCUAUGACGCCUCGCUUCUACCCAGUCGUGAAGGAAAGUCGGCCCGUCGACGCCAAGACGCCCAGAAAGAGGAAGACCCGGCAUAGCUCUAACCCACCCCUGGAGUGCCACGUUGGUUGGGUGAUGGACUCCAGAGAGCAUCGCUCCCGUACUGCCUCCGUCAGCUCUAAUGCAAGCCCAUCGGAGGGCACACCUGCCCUGGGUAACAUCGGCUGCACUCCCCAGUCCCUCCCCAAGUUCCAGCACCCAUCGCACGAGCUGCUCAAGGAGAACGGCUUCACACAACACGUUUACCACAAGUACCGCCGGCGCUGCCUAAAUGAGCGAAAGCGGCUGGGAAUUGGCCAGUCACAGGAGAUGAACACGCUCUUCCGAUUCUGGUCGUUUUUCCUGCGGGACCACUUCAACAGAAAAAUGUAUGAGGAAUUCAGACAGCUGGUGGUCGAGGAUGGGAAAGAAGGAUAUAGGUACGGUUUAGAGUGCUUGUUCAGGUACUACAGCUACGGUCUAGAGAAGAAGUUCAGACCAGACAUCUUUAAGGACUUCCAGGAGGAGACCAUUAAAGACUACGAGGCUGGACAGCUGUAUGGACUGGAGAAGUUUUGGGCCUUCCUUAAAUACUCCAAAGCCAAGAGCUUGGAGAUUGACCCCAAGCUGCAGGAAUACCUGAGCAAGUUUAAACGCCUGGAAGAUUUCAGAAUCGAUCCACCUAUGGAAGAAGGAAGUCGUAGGAGACAUUCGUCCAGCGGGGACGGUCGCCGCCGGCAUCCCUCUCAGCCCUCUAGCCGUCCCCAGAGUCAGGCUAGCUCAGGCCCCACCCCUGCCCCCACAGCCAAGGAUGAUGCCAAACCUACCAGCCAGAAAGCCACCGCUGAUCCUGCACCAGAUGCCAAAACACUGAAGUAACUCCACAAACACACUGGCCCGCACAGACUAAAUUAAUUAACCACGUCUGCAAGUCGCCGGUUCUCUCUGCGCCACGGGAGGGGGAGGGGCAUCCAGCUCUUCAUACAAGCAUGUGAAUUUUUUUUUUUUUUUUUUUUUUUUUUUUU